AGAGAGGGGAGGGAGGGACGAAAGACAAGACACGCAGUAGUUGAGUUCGAGGUCCAUCAAAAGCUAUAGGGACAGUGUUUACUCUUCUUGCGGCUGAACUUGUUUGUCAAGAGACAGCCACCUUUAUCACAUUUUUCAAGGACGCACUUGGUUGCCCAAUAAAAUCUUUCAAAAUGUUCAAGUGCACCAGAACCCUGUCGAAGUAUGCCCAGCUUAGCUCAACUGGUCGCAGCAAUGCAAGUACCUUGGUGGUGGCUGAACACAACAACGACGUCUUAUCACCAAUCACGCAAAGUGCACUGGCUGCUGCAUCCAAGCUUGGAGGAGAAAUCUCAGUUCUUGUUGCAGGAACUAAAUGUGGGCCUGUUGCAGAGAGAGUAAGCAAGUUGAAGGGAGUGACUCGUGUGUUGGUGGCUGAAGGAGAUGCCUUCAAAGGAUCCCUUCCUGAAAGUAUGACAUCACUCGUUUUAAAGGUUCAAAAUGAUAUGAAGUUUAGUCAUAUUCUUGCUGGAGCAUCAGCUCAGGGCAAAGCCCUUUUACCUCGAGUUGCUGCCAAACUUGAUGUAUCCCCUGUUUCUGAUAUAGUUGGUGUUAAAGAUGCUGAUACUUUUGUUAGGACUAUCUAUGCUGGUAAUGCCAUAAUGACCCUCAAGUCAAAGGACCCAGUUAAGGUUGUGACUGUUCGUGGCACAAGUUUUCCCCCUCUUGAGGAGGAGGGAGGCAGUGGUAAAAUUGAACAAGCACCAAGUGGAUCAUAUAACUCAACUACAAGUGAAUUUGUUAGCCAGGAGCUUGCAAAGAGUGACAGACCAGAGCUUGCUGGAGCCAAAGUGGUUGUUAGCGGAGGGCGUGGUAUGAAAUCAGGUGACAAUUUCAAAAUCCUCUAUGCUCUGGCUGAUAAACUCAAUGCUGCUGUUGGUGCGUCCCGAGCAGCUGUUGAUGCGGGCUUUUGUUCAAAUGACCUCCAAGUUGGUCAAACUGGCAAAAUUGUUGCACCUGAAUUGUAUAUUGCUGUUGGUAUCUCGGGGGCAAUUCAGCAUCUUGCUGGAAUGAAAGACUCAAAGACCAUCGUUGCCAUCAACAAGGACCCGGAGGCCCCUAUCUUCCAAGUUUCAGACUUUGGGCUUGUUCAGGAUCUAUUCAAGGCGGUUCCUGAGCUGACGGAGAAAUUGUAAAUGUUUACAUUUUAAUUGGAGAUUGAUGUAAUCUAUUUUCCUAGGCUAAUGUGACCCCAGCUUUUAUGAAUUCAUGUGCUUUUUAUCUUAAUUUCUUAUUCAUUGCUUUGUAAUAAAUAGAUGUUCAGCUAAAAUAAACAAGUAUUGUACAUAUUGUAAUCAGAAUCAACUGAAUCCAUUAUUUCUGUGAUAUGUAAAGAUGUAUAUCAACCUGUUUUUAAUUUACCCUACAUUAUUUCUGCCUUGAGGACAAAAAUAAAUGAUGGGAUGAUGCCAUGGUACACUGAUAUUUAAAAUUCCAAAAUUGAUCGCAAAAAUACGGGUUUUGAAACUUGUUUAUUUACAAAUAAUUUAAUAUAAAAAAUGCUGAUAAAUAAAAAGACAAUUAUGAACUUAACAUA